UCGCAAACCAACUCUCAAAGGGCGAAUCGAGUCAAUCGUCCGUCCCCAGCACCGCAGCCCCCCGCCACCAGAGCCGCCUUGAUCAGCGCGAUGGCGGGAGAUCCGGCCGCCGGUGGCGGCGGUGACGCCCACCCCGCGUCGGGGAGCAAGAGUUCCCGCUCGUCGACGCGGCACCGGCAGUUCCGCGACCGAGCCAAGGUCCGCGUGGACGACCUACAGGAGAUGUUCUGCGGCCUCCAGUCCGCUCGCAAGGAGAGCCGCUCCGCCGACGCCGCCGUCCUCGAGGAGCAGGUCCACCAGAUGCUCCGUGAGUGGCGUGCCGAGCUCAGCGUCCCAUCCCCGGCUUCCUCUCUCCAGAACUCGCAGGGGAACAACCGGGAGGCUUCGGAUCCACCGUCGGAUACGCUGCGACUGCUGCAGCUGGUGGUGCCCGAGGAGGAGGACGACGCCACCAGUAAGCUCCUGGUGCCCCAAUCGGCGCAGCAGGCGCCGCCUCCUCAUCAGAGCCACGACCACGGGCAGGACAGCAGGAUGGCCAAUACUGAUCAGCAGUGUGAAGCUAUGGAUGGGGGCACUGCUCCUGCACAGCACUCUCUAGGUCAGGGAGUGGAGGCAGGCUGUGGAGAAGUGGCUGCUGUUGCUAAUGCAAUGUUCAAUGAUCAGAUGUACUAUAUAGACCAGGAACUUAGUAUUGAUGAUUUUCUUUGUGAUGAUGAUUACAAAAUAAAUAUUUCUGGUUCUAAUGAAGAUCAGUUCAAUAACCUGCAUGGGAUUGGCCAGUUGGAACAUCAACAGUUUGAUUUGCCAUUAGAUCUGCCACCUACCCAUUCAUAUGCUGAUGCAAAUAACUCUGAGCAAAAUGCUGGAGAUGUCUUUGUUCACAUGUCAGACUUGCUUACAACAAUAUGGCCGUCACCCUCUCAGUAUUUGGGGCCAAAAUGUGCACUUUGGGACUGUGGUAGGCCAGUUGGAGGGACAGAGGACUCUGGAGAUUACUGCAACCCUUAUCAUGCUGGUUUGGCUUUGAAUGAUGAUGGUCUUCUUGGGACAAGACCUGUGAUGCGUCCAAAAGGUAUUGAUUUGAAAGAUGGGCCACUGUUCGCUGCUCUCAUUGCAAAAGUCCAAGGAAAGAAUGUUGGUAUUCCUGUGUGUGGAGGCGCUGCUACUUCUAAAUCACCAUGGAAUGCUCCUGAACUUUUUGAUCUUUCUCUUCUGGAGGGUGAAUCUCUUAGAGAAUGGCUGUUCUUUGACACUCCAAGAAGAGCAUUUGAGAGUGGCAACCGGAAGCAAAGGUCAUUGCCAGAUUACAGUGGUCGUGGGUGGCAUGAAUCAAGGAAGCAGGUAAUGAAAGAUUUCGCAGGUCUGAAGAGGUCCUAUUACAUGGACCCACAACCAUCAAGCAGCCAUGAGUGGCAUCUUUUCGAGUAUGAGAUCAAUGCUUCUGAUGCCCUCGCCUUGUACCGCCUUGAGUACAAGUCCUCUGACUCCAAAAAAAGUGCCAAGUCAAAACUGUCUAGUAGUCCACUGAAUGAAAUCCAGCAGCAAAUGGGCAGGCUGACUGCAGACAGUCCUGUGGAAAACAAACGGACUGCUAGGAGCAAGCCAAAGGCUAACCAGAAUGAUAUCAAUGCAAAUAUCCAUGCACAUGUUAACAGCCCCAGUCAAGUUAAUGCUCCAAAUGCUUAUCAAACAACGCCGCAGGUGAACCAAAUGACAUUUCUGAAUGGGAACGUUGUUUAUGGACCUCACCUUCCACAUUCUGAAAACGUCGUCCAUGGACCUCACCUUCCACAGUCUGAAAAUGUUGUCUAUGGACCUCAUCUUCCACAUUCUGAAAAUGUUGUUUAUGGACCUCAUCUUCCACAUGGAUACAAAGCCGAAGGAAGCAGCUUCUUUUGGAACCCAAGUGACGGGACUUGAAGAUGCAGCACAAUGUAGCCGCUCAUACAUAGUAUGGCACUUGUCAAGCAAAAACUCUAACAUCAUCAACCAAGUUAUGGGCCUUCACAUUUCCAAAUUCUAAUUGAUUGGUUUCUGCAAGGGGGCCUGGCUGGCUGGUGUAUUUGGAUUUUAAAAUAUAGAGUAUAGUUGCAUUAACUUCGGAAAAUAUAGCCCGGUGUCCAAGCUGCCAAUCUGAAUGUAAAAUAGAGUGCUGUACCAGUUGCUGCUCGGGUAUGUUAGGUACUUAGGUUUUUGAGUCCUAAGUUUCUUGAGCCGUUUUUUGUUUUGAAUUGAGAUGGCUAUACUCUUCACAGUUUCUUUUUUAUGUGUCUAUUUAUAUGUGAGAAAUCUGUGAAGCUGGAUUGGGUCUAUUAGUCUACACUACACCAUUCCCAAGUCCCCAGUCAAAGCAGCACCCAGAGCAGGAAAUUGUAACUCGAAGCAAAUAAACUCUUGCUUUGACUCGCAUCUGUCUACUCCAUUUUCUGAAGAAUAGUCCCACUCA